GACGCAAUUGGGAUAUCCCUUCCGGUUUUAGGCACUUUCAUUUUUGCAUCGUUUGAGUUUACUACAGAUCUAGAUCAUAAUAAUGAUAGCUAUUCAUGCAGGUGCUGGUUACCAUUCAGAAUCAAAAUCAGAUUUGUACAAAAGUAUUUGUAAACAAGCCUGUUUAAUGGCUAUUGAAGCAAUAAAGAGUGGGAAGAAUGCAGUAGACUGUGUAACCAUAGCUGUAAAAUGUUUGGAGGACUCUCCUAAUACAAAUGCAGGAUUAGGAUCAAAUCUGACCAUGGAUGGGACUGUUGAGUGUGAUGCAAGUGUUAUGGAUGGCCAGUCACUUCAGUUUGGAGCUGUCGGUUGUGUCAAUGGAUUUAAAAAUCCAGUGGAAACAGCUAGGCUACUUGUGGAGAAACAAAAACAAGGCAAUUUAUCCUUAGGAAGAAUUCCACCAAGCAUUUUGGUAGGAGGGAGAGUAGAGAAAUGGAUAUUAGAAAAUGAUCCUCAUGUCAACACUAAUUGCAACCUGAUUACAGAUGAAUCAAAGAGAAUGUUUCUGAAGUACAAAAGAAGACUAGAACUUCACGAGGAUAGAGUGAACAACAAAAGGAGAAAGAUUCAUCAGAAUAAAGACAAACAAGAGGAAAUAGGUGAGAAUGAGGAAGGAGACAGUGAUCAGAGUUUUAUACAAGACACAGUUGGAGCAAUCGCCGUGGAUACUUGUGGAAACCUAGCAGCAGCUGUAUCAAGUGGUGGUAUAUCCCUUAAACAACCAGGCAGACUUGGACCAGCUGCAACCUAUGGUUCAGGAUGUUGGGCUUACAACUGGUCAUCAGACAUCAAACCAGGGGUUGCCAUAGCAACAUCAGGAAGUGGUGAGCAUCUUAUGAAAACAUUAUUUAGCAAAGAGUGUGCCAGUUGUAUACAGAAUAUGGACAGUGGAAGUCUUGGCCUUAGUCUGGCUUUCAAAGACCACUUUUUAGAGUCUGAAUUCCUGAAACACCUUGACUGCAAAUUUGGUGGAGCUAUAGCUUUAAGACAAGAUAAAUACAAUGAUAAACAGUCUGUAGAACUUAUAUGGGGACAUACAACAGACAGCAUGUGUAUAGGUUUUAUGUCUUUAUCAGAUAAAAAACCAAAGGUAUUCCUUUCAAGACUUCCACCACAGAGCAUACCUGGAAAAUCAUUCACAAUGGAAGGAAGACAGAUUUAUAAAUAAAAUCAUUUUGGGCAAUUUUA